AUGAGUGAUCCGCAGGAAGAAAAGCCUUGUUGUCCGCUCUGCGCGGAGGAGAUGGAUUUGACAGAUAAGCAAUUGCACCCGUGCGAGUGCGGUUACGAGAUAUGCCUUUGGUGUUGGCACCAAAUAAUGGACAUGGCCGAGAAGGACGAGAGGGAAGGGCGAUGCCCUGCGUGCCGUGCACCUUACGACAAGGAGAAUAUCGUAGGGUCGACGGGCCAAAGGUAUGAGAGACUGGCGGCUGAACUGAAAAAGAUGAAGAUUGACAUGGAAGCGCGUCGCCGGAAGCAGCAGCUCAGUGGCGUGCGGGUGGUCCAACGGAACCUUGUUCACAUAGUAGGGUUGCCGCUUGAUCUGGCGGACGAACACCUUUUGCGGCGGAGAAAAUAUUUCGGGCAGUAUGGGAAGGUUGUGAAUGUUUUCAUCCGGCGAUUUACAGAAUAUACGUGUAGUAAUGUAUUUAUUACUUACUCGAAAGAGGUGGAAGCGAUUCGUUGUGUUCAAAGAGUCGAUGGCCGGACGUUCCUCUGGUCGGAUGGUAGAGCCUUGAGGGCAUGCUUUGGUAACGAGAAGGUAUUGUCACGCAUGCCUAGAAAGUGUGCCUUGCAACAAUCCUCGUUGUAUGUUUCUGCACAAGGAGGCCAAGUCUCGGAUUCUCAAGAUAGGAAUAGUUUAGGGUUUAAUUCUUCCCUAAAGAUGUAA